UGUGUGAAUAAUUGAAUAAACAAUAAUUCCUGUGACGAACCAAAUUAAGUAAGUGAAAGUUUUAUCAACGUGAUAAGUAAUGAGUAAUCGAGCUUACAUAUAAAGACUUAGAACAUUCCACCAAAAUGAAAGAUAACAACUGCUGAAUUUAUUGCCAUACCCGUGUUCCUAUCAGUUGCUUUUGGAAUUUCACUGGUUUCAGUUCGUGGAGCAAAAAUCAGACAGAAUGACAGAUUUCACCUGGGUUCCAACGUCCGUUUAUGGCGCUAUGCCGCCAAAUGCUGUCUUUGCCGGAACUGACUCAGACAGUUCCCCAAUCUAUGUUGGACGCACAUUCCACGAAGGAGAUCAACUUCCAGCCAAGGUGAUCCCGAGCAAGCAGGCUGCCUAUGUCAGCCACAAUGGCCAGGAGAUCCUCAAGCAUCACGUCGAAGUGCUGGUUGGAACUGGCUUCACCUGGAUUCAUUCUGGCAACGGACACGUCCCACCAAAUGCCGUAAGAGCAGGUCAGACUGUCCAUGGGCAUCCCCUAUAUGUUGGACGAACUCAUCAUGAGGGUAGCCUUACUCCAGGAAAAAUCCAUGCUCAACACGGAUGUCUCUACUUCCCAUACGGUGGCGCUGAGCAGAGUUCAUUGCAGUAUGAAGUUUUGUGUGGUCAGCCAACCUCUCGUUGGGCCCCUACUUCUGCUCAUGCUGGCGUUCCUCCAGAUGCUGUUUUGGGUGGCCAUGACAGUGAUGGAGCUCCAAUUUACGUAGGACGCGCAUUCCAUGAGGGAGAUCAAAUUCCAGCCAAAGUUAUUCCCAGUAAGCAAAUCGCCUACGUGAGUUACAAUGGUCAGGAGAUUCCCAAACACCAUUUCGAGGUAUUUUGUCACACGAGCGUCUCCUGGGUGUCUUCAGGACAUGGAAGUGUGCCCCCUAAUGCUGUUAGGGCUGGAAAUACCUCUACAGGGGAGCCUCUCUACGUCGGACGUACUUUCUAUCAGGGCAGUUUAACUCCCGGAAAGAUUCAUCCAAGUCACGGUUCAUUGUACAUUCCUUACGGAGGAGCUGAGAUCCCGUUCAAGAACUAUGAAGUAUUGAUUGAAAACUAGAAAACUAUUUGCAAAUUCAUUAAGUAGAUGACUGUGUAAUCAUCGUUAAAGAAAGAAUUGUGAAUAAAGAUUUAUAACUGAAAGAAA